GUGGUCUUUUGAGGCUCCGCUGGAAAUGCAGGCAAGGGCGAAUCGCAGAUUGGCAGACGACAGCUGGCAUCCCUCAUCCCCUGCUCUGGAGAACGACGUCGUCUCGGCCGCUUCUGCGCACUCUCGCCAGUAAAUAUCCAUCCUUCGCCCGCGCCCCCAGCCCUCGGAGCGGCUCACUCCUAGAAAUCUCAAGGUGUCCCGUUCGCGCCUGCCCGCGCACCCACGCCGCACCUGCCCUCUUCGAAUCUGAUGCGACGUCCAUAGAAUUCUCUCGUCACCGGCAGCGCACCGCCGCUUCUCUCCUUAUCGCAAAGAUGCCCUCUCCACGCUCGUUACGCCGCCAGAACCCCAUCACGUUUGUCCUUGCGGGCAUCCUGUGCAUUGGCUUCUUCCUAUUCUUCUUCUCCAGCAAUGACGGCACCGCGGUAUCGUCAGGCUCGGGGUCCGGCCGCACAUCUUCAAGCGUCUUAUCCCCGCCAUCGCUGCCCUUCCGCAAGUCCAAGGCGAACGAGCCGCACUCGGCGCCGCCUGUCGAGCAUUACUUCAUGAACAACGUCACCCAGUCGCGCAACCCCGCCGAGAACAAGGAGAAGGUGCUCAUCUUGACGCCGCUUGCGCGCUUCUACCAGGCAUACUGGGACAACCUCAACAAGAUCGCCUACCCGCACGAUCUCAUUUCGCUUGGCUUCAUCAUCCCUAAGACCAAGGAGGGCAACCAGGCAUACGCCGACUUGCAGAAGCAGGUCACCAAGACGCAGAGCGGGCCCAAAGCCAAGCGCUUUGCGAGCAUCACCAUUCUCCGACAGGAUACGGAGAAUCCUCUCAUGUCCCAAAACGAGGCGGAAAGGCACAAGAUGGAGAACCAGAAGGCACGUCGUGCAGCCAUGGCAAAAGCACGGAACUCGCUUCUUUUCACCACGCUGGGGCCCACCACUUCCUGGGUUCUUUGGCUGGACGCCGAUAUCGUCGAAUUCCCUCCGACGCUGAUCCAGGAUUUGGCCGACUAUGAUGCACCCAUUGUUGCGCCCAACUGCUUCCAGCGCUAUUACAACAAUGAUAAGAAGGCUAUGGACGUAAGGCCUUAUGAUUACAACAAUUGGAUCGAUAGCUCGACAGCAAAAGAAAUGGCCGCCAAGAUGGGCAAGGACGACAUCCUGCUGGAGGGAUAUGCCGAGAUGCCCACCUACCGCACCUUGAUGGCUAUGAUGCACGACCCUUCAGCCGACCCUGGCACCAAAAUCAAGCUCGAUGGUGUAGGUGGUGCUGCUCUCCUUGUUAAGGCGGAUGUCCACCGUGAUGGAGCCAUGUUCCCACCUUUCCCAUUUUACCACCUGAUCGAAACCGAGGGCUUUGCAAAGAUGGCGAAGCGACUGAACUGGGACAGCUACGGUUUGCCCAAUUAUCUUGUAUACCACUAUAACGAGUGAAUGCUCGCCGAGGAACUACAUUUUGUCUGGACUGUUUUGGCGAGCAUUGGGCGGCGUUUUCGGCUUGUGGAGGCUCCCGACGUACUUUCAAAGAGUUCGGAUUUUGUCGAAUGUAUCAAUUAUGUGUUUUCAUUUUCUUUGAUCUUGUCUAGACCCAGCUACAGGAGUACCGCGUUGGCGGCGGAAUGUCCAAAUGUUGCACCAUCGCCCCCACCAUCUACUACCAAUCUGUGGGAUACUGUGUUCAACGUGGC